AUCAUCGUCAUCAUCACUUCUUCCUUCUCAUCGGAUAGACAAUCAAGAUGCCGACCGUUUCAGUUGAUAAGGAACGCUUCUAUGAAGCACUCGGAAAGAAGUACACCACUGAAGAAUUCGAUGAACUAUGUUUCCAAUUUGGAAUCGAGCUGGAUGAGGAUACAACCGAAGAAGCAAGCAAAACGGGAGAAAGACCUGCUUUAAAGAUUGAUAUUCCUGCAAAUCGAUAUGACAUGCUUUGUCCCGAAGGUAUCUCUCGUGCCCUUUUGGUGUUUUUGGGAAAGAUCAAACAGCCUCAAUUGAAACUCACUCAACCUGCUCAAAUGGUUGAAUUGCAUGCUGCAGAAAGUGUAAAGCAAAUCAGACCUUUUGUCACUGCUGCCAUUCUACGAGGCGUCAAAUUCACACCAGAAAAUUAUGCAACAUUCAUUGAUUUACAAGAUAAACUGCAUCAAAAUUUAGCAAGAAGAAGAACGUUGGUAUCUAUGGGAACUCAUGAUUUGAGCACGAUUCAAGGACCAUUCUCAUACGAAGCAUUACCACCAAAAGAUAUCGUCUUUGCACCUCUCAAUCGACCAGGGCAAGAGAUGGACGGUAACAAGCUGAUGGAAGAAUUGGACAAAGAUCGUCAAUUACGCCAUUACUUGCACAUCAUUCGUGAUUCUCCCGUUUAUCCAGUCAUCUUUGACAAGAACAGAACAGUGUGCUCUUUGCCUCCAAUCAUCAAUGGAGAACAUUCAAAGAUCACUCUAAAUACCAAAGAUGUUUUGAUCGAGAUGACUGCAACAGAUGAGACUAGAAAUGAAACCGCUCUCAAUAUCUUGGUCGCCACGUUCUCACAAUACUGUUCAGAGCCUUUCACUAUUGAGCCAGUCAAGGUUACCUAUGCAGACGGAAGAUCAUCAGUUCAACCUAGCUUAGCAGCACGUAAAACAACAGCUCGUGUUUCGUACAUCAAUUCAUGCACAGGUCUAAAAUUGGAGGCCAAGGAGGUGGCCACCUUACUUCAACGUAUGGGUCAUGAAGCCAGCCCAUCAAAAGAGAAGCCCGAAGAGGUUAUCGAUGUAGAAGUUCCAUGCACUAGACCGGAUGUGCUGCACGAGUGCGAUUUGAUGGAGGAUGUGGCAGUCGCCUAUGGCUUCGACAACCUACCGCGUCGUUUCCCCAAAACAAACACCGUUGGUGCUCCUUUACCGAUCAACAAGCUCUCUGAUUUGGUGAGAAAAGAGUGUGCAUAUGCCGGAUGGACAGAAGUUUUACCGCUCAUUCUGUGUUCAAGAGAUGAAAAUUACGCCUCCUUACGCCGAAAAGAUGAUGGUUUGGCAAUCACGUUGGAGAACCCAAAGACAGCUGAGUUCCAAGUCGUUCGAACAUCUUUGUUGCCGGGCAUACUAAAGACUGUUCGUGAGAAUCGUAAACACGCCUUGCCUCUGCGCACUUUUGAGGUAUCAGACGUCGCAUUCAAGGAUGAAAAGACUGAUCCUGACCGCUGUGCAAGAAACGAAAGGCACGUUUCGGCUGCUUAUUUUGACAAAAGUGCCAACUUUGAAAUCGUGCAUGGAUUGUUGGAUCAGAUCAUGCGUUCUUUGGGCAUUCCACGAAUCAAAAAGGACGAUAAAGACAAGAGUAAAGGGUACUACUUGACAGCGUGUGAAGAUCCAACCUUUUUCCCCGGACGAGCUGCCGCAAUUCAUUAUCGACCGGCGAAUUCCCCGACAAAAACCGACAAAACCACUGUUUCGGAAACCAUUUCCACUGUGGCUGAUUCGAUGGGAAAAGCAUUGGCCGACAUUUUAGGUGCACAAAGCGAAUCUGCAAUCACACGAAGGCUGAAAGAAGGUAGCGGAAAUGGAGAUUUGGAAAUUGGACGAAUCGGCGUUCUUCAUCCUGAAGUUUUGGCAGCGUAUGAGCUCAAUUAUCCGAUUUCAGCCAUGGAGUUUGAUUUAGAGGUUUUCUUGUAGAGUACAUGACAAAAGCAUGCAAUGAAUCUUUGCAUUUCACCAGUAUCAUGCGGGCGAGUAUGAACGUUUGUGUAGCGAAGUGCAGCAGUACAUGAGGAAAGUCGCCGACAUUCAACCCACUUACUUCGGGGAGUGUCACAAAGGAAAGCUGUGCAAUAAAAAGUAUCUUAAUCAAGGGUUUAGUGCUUAUCAUUCGAUCUACAUAAACUCCGGAGUAGAUGUGGAGAGAACGGAAGUUUUAUGUGAUUGAAACUAUUCAUGUAUAUUUUGAUUUUAACGCGAUAAAGUAGGAUCAGGUACGACGACACUUAUCCAAUCUUAACUCAAUAUGCACGCCUGCAUACAGAAUAGGUCUAGACGUCAAAAUAAAAUGUCGCAAUAGAAUGGUUAGGUCUGCCAAAUCAAUCAUGCAUAUUCUGAGGCCUUGACGUAACCUUAGUUGAAAGAUGUCAAGCAUAGUAACAAAGGCGGACAUCGGAUAUAAUGAC